AUGUUUUUGAUUACAAGCCGUACAGCUGUGGUUCCGAUGAGUGGAUGUGUUGAACAUGUUAAACUAGAAAAUCGCUUAUUGGAUUUGAGCAAGUCGAAAACCGCGAAAGGAGUGCAGCCAGGCUGUAGCACUAGAACCGUACGUAUUGUAUCCAUGGUAUCUGAGCGUUCUACUGCUGCUUUCACUGGUUUUGAUUCGAAAAAGAAUGACAUAGAGCUAACACUGCGUUUUAAAACUAAACGACCUUCUGGUAUUCUAGCAUCAGUCAUUUCUGAUGAACAGGAGACUUUACUACAACUACGUUACCAAGAUGGAUUUCUUUUGGCUGAAUAUGGGUCAGACAAUAAAGAUCUUGCAAGGAUUGAAUUCAGAUCAGUUGCAGAUGGUCAGUGGCAUUACUUUGCAGUUAUCGUGAAACCGAAAACCAUUCGAUUGGAUGUAGAUGAUCUGUACUCGAAUGAAGUGCAUAGAACUGUUGAUGAUAACGAGGUUAUCGGUAUACCAACCAUUAUUCACUUUGGUCGAUCAACUGAUUCCAAUAUGCAUUUUGAAGGUUGUAUUGGGGAUGCAACAUACAAUGGUCAACUACUUGAUUUUGCUCUUGGAUCAACGCAGGAAGUGAGUCUAACUGGUUGUUCACUUCCCGAAGAUAUUUUUGCUACAUACAUGUCUCCUGCAGAAUUACCGACGGGUGAACCUCUGAAUUUUGCUAAACCUGCAUCAAGCAACGUGCAGCUGGAAACAGAUGCAUUAGAUGAAUUUACUGCAGAAAAUAAAAUCUCUGUAGAGAUGUCGUCUGCUUCGCAUCCAAAAGCAGUUGUUCGUAAACCAGAUGAAUGUGCACUUUUGAGAAAAUCGUAUGGAGAACGUCCAGAUUCUGGCGGUACUCGAUUUGGCUUGUCUGUUUCGUCACGCCUUGAAUUUGAAAAGCCACCUGCUUCGUUUGAUAAGAAUAGCAUAUUCUCUGUGCAGUUACGAGCUACGGCAUCGAAUGGAAUAAUCAUGUUUACAACAAAUAAUAAGCAUACUGAUCAUCUAGCUCUUUAUCUUGUCAAUGGCAUUGUUCAUUUUGCUUAUAAUUCAGGAUCAGGACAAGCCGUCCUGAAAUCAAACAGAAGUGUGAUGGAUGACGAAUGGCAUAGCAUAAGAGCGGAACGCGAAGGCGUUGCAGGAACGUUAUAUAUUGAUGAUGUGAUUGAGGCAAAUGGACAAUCACCACCUGGAACAGAUGCAGUUGAUACUCAUCCACCAAUUUAUAUUGGUGGACUUCCUUCAGAUCUUGUUCCGUUUGCUUCAAGAAUAUUACCGGGUGCCAAAUCAGUUUUCGGUGGUUGCCUUAGAGAUUUCAAAUUGAACGAAAUGAAAUUUGAUGUGCCACCAGCUGAAAUAGGUACUGUUGGAUCAUCUUUCAAUAUUGAGCUGGAAGUGCGUUCACGAACCAAAACCGGCGUUUUAUUAUCAGUUGGUGUACUCGAAUAUCUAACGCUUCAGUUCUUCAAUGGCACGGUCAAGUUCACAGUGGACAAUGGAGCAGGUCCGGAAAUAGUAUCACACAUACCUAGCUCAAGUAAUGCCCUUUGCGAUGGCCAUUGGCACCAUAUAAAGCUUUACAAAACGAAAAAUCUUAUGACUUUGACUGUUGAUGGGAGAAGUAAUUUGAGCAUCAUGAAGAAAGGCAAAAAGACAGAUACGAAUACGAAGGAUCCAUUAUAUUUGGGUGGUAUUCCAAAAGGUACCAGACCAAGAAGUCUCGAAACUUCAGAAGGAUUUCUGGGUUGUGUCCGGGUUUUAAAUUUGGGAACAAAGCCACGAAAACGGAAAAAUGUUGACUUGACGCGAGUGUCUUUAUUUGGCGAUGUUACGAGGAACUCUUGUCCUGUUAACUGA